AUGAAAUCAGACGUCAGUUUCGACUCUGUCACAUAUACCAAGAAGACCAUUGAGGAGUCCGUCACUUUCAAGAUCAACGACCAGCCCCCACCAUCCACACCACCAACGUCUACCAUCACUCCUGCUGAUUCUUUCCAGCCCUCCGAAUCACCUUCUGGAUCCCCUCUGACACACUCACCCGCUGAUUCAACCCCACCCAUCGAUACAGUGCCAUAUGACUCGUACAUCCCCCAUCCAGAUGAGCUUCAUCCUCCAAGCGGAGUGAAAAUCCAUGGAUAUUAUGUAGUUACCAUAGGGCAAGAGGUUGGCAUCUUCUUCAACUGGCUUGAUGCAAAGGCUCGUGUUGAUGGCAUCAAGGGUGCCGCUCACAUGCAUUGUGAACACUGGCCUGAUGCACUGGCCUUGUACACUUAG